UGCGGAGGGCUCCCCGGCCUAACCUGGGCUCAGGGCCACCCUGGCUUCCCGCGGGACCCCCUGCUGCUUCCGUCUUCCCCCAUCCCACCCCUGAGGCUGUUUGGCCAGGCCAGUCUUUGCUAGAACGGCCUCCUGCGCCGGCCAUGCCUGUGCCCACGGAGGGCAGCCCACCGCCCCUGAGCGGCACCCCCGUCCCCGUGCCAGCCUACUUCCGCCACGCAGAACCCGGCUUCUCCCUCAAGAGGCCCGGGAGGCUCAGCCGGAGCCUUCCACCCCGGCCUCCUGUCAAGGGCAGCAUCCCCAUCAGCCGCCUCUUCCCUCCUCGGACCCCAGGCUGGCACCAGUUGCAACCCCGGAGGGUGUCGUUCCGGGGCGAGGCCUCAGAGACCCUGCAGAGCCAUGGGUAUGACCCAAGCCGGCCAGAAUCCUUCUUUCAGCAGAGUUUCCAGAGGCUCAACCGCCUGGGCCAUGGCUCCUAUGGAGAGGUCUUCAAGGUGCGCUCCAAAGAAGAUGGCCGGUUCUAUGCGGUCAAGCGCUCCAUGUCGCCCUACCGGGGCCCCAAGGACCGGGCCCGCAAGCUGGCGGAGGUAGGCGGCCACGAGAAGGUGGGGCAGCACCCGCGCUGCGUGCAGCUGGAGCAGGCCUGGGAGGAGGGCGGUGUCCUGUACCUACAGACGGAGCUGUGCGGGCCCAGCCUGCAGCAGCACUGUGAGGCCCGGGGCGCCAGCUUGCCCGAGACCCAGGUCUGGAGCUACCUGCGGGACAUCCUGCUUGCCCUGGCCCACCUGCACAGCCAGGGCCUGGUGCACCUCGAUGUCAAGCCCGCCAACAUCUUCUUGGGGCCCCGGGGUCGCUGCAAGCUGGGUGACUUUGGGCUGCUGGUGGAGCUGGGUACGGUGGGAGCUGGCGAGGCCCAGGAGGGAGACCCCCGCUACAUGGCCCCUGAGCUGCUGCAGGGCUCCUACGGGACGGCGGCAGACGUGUUCAGUCUGGGGCUCACCAUCCUGGAGGUGGCAUGCAACAUGGAGCUGCCCCACGGUGGGGAGGGCUGGCAGCAGCUGCGCCAGGGUUACCUGCCCCCUGAGUUCACUGCUGGUCUGUCAGCUGAGCUGCGGUCAGUCCUUGUCAUGAUGCUGGAGCCGGACCCCAAGCUGCGGGCCACAGCCGAGUCCCUGCUGGCGCUGCCCAUGCUCAGGCAGCCACGGCCCUGGAGUGUGCUGUGGUGCAUGGCUGCUGAGGCCCUGAGUCGGGGGUGGGCUCUCUGGCAGGCCCUGCUCACUGUGCUGUGCUGGCUCUGGCACGGGCUGGCCCACCCUGCCAGCUGGCUGCAGCCCUCAGGCCCACCGGCCACCCCGCCUGGCUCACCCCCCCGCAGCCUCCUGGACAGCAGCCUCUCCAGCUGCUGGGAUGACGACAGCCUAGGGCCUUCACUCUCCCCUGAGGCUCUCCUGGCCCAGGCUGUGGGGAGCACGUCCACCCCCCGGAGCAGGUCCAUGACCAGGGCUGCCCUGGACCUGAGUGACAUUGGCUUGCAGCCGCCUCAGGGCUCCUUCCCCUCCUUCGAGCCUCGCAAUCUCCUCAGCCUGUUUGAGGACUCCCUGGACCCAGCCUGAGUCCAGGCUCUGCCUCUGCACUUUUAACCUUUUAGCCCACUUCUCUCCCAUUCCUCUUGAAAGCUGGGGUCUCUCGGGAGCGCCCGUGGUCCCCUCUGCCUGGCGUGUCUAAUAAAAGGUAUUUGAAUCUUG